UCAAAAUUUCAAAUAUUUUAUUGGUUAUUUAAAAAAACGUUUAUUCGUGAAAAUUUUGCAGAUUGCAAAGAAAGUUUAGUUUAUCUAAAGAUUUUACAGUCAAGUGUUGAGACUUACCUAUUCCUAUAGUAUGAUGUAAUACAGUAAAAUAUGACAUCUCAUAACUAAUGAAUUCGAACUCCAAAGGACAAAAUGCAAAAAUAGGCACCGGUAAAAGUUUCUCUACAAUUCUACAUUAAAAGACAAUCACUGAGUCAAGUUUUUUCAUGUUAAAAAUGACAGUUCGUCAGAUGAUGCUUGCUUGUUUGUUGAAAUUCUAAACACGGUUUAUUCAAUUAGGUAUAUUUAUAUCAUUCGACGGCUAAAUCGUUUCAUUUUCGGUUCAACUCGUUAAACUGGAAGCUAAACAUUUUCGUGGUAUCUGAAGGCGGACACUCCUGCUUCCACUUCCUAUUGUACUACCAACGUAUUCGAUCAAUUGGAGGGAUAUGGGAUUGAAUUAGAGAAACAACUCUGAUUUGACUGAGAAUAAAUUGCCAUUUGAAUUAUUGUAUAAUGGAGGCGUCUGCUGUUGCAGCGAACCUAUCGAGAGCAUUGAACCUGGAAAACGACAAAUUCGAAGCUAUCACAAAACCUAAUGCUUGUGAGUUUUACGAGGCUGUACCUACUCUGCAGAAAAUAGCUCCUUUUAAGGUAGCAGUUGAUAUAUGGCGAUAUGCAAUAGGCCUCGAGAAUCCCUCAGCUCCAUUACCAUACAAUGCUGAAACAGAUAGUUACGUUUUAUUCUCCGAAAAAGAUACAUUGGAGAUCGUCGAUAAAUUGCAACAGAAUUUUCCCGAGUAUCCCUUCAUUCGAGAAGUCUUGGUGGAUUGUCUCGACGUGGUGAAAAAUGAAAUGAUCAGAUGGGCUAAUUAUUACAGAAAAAAUAUUUUCAUCGAAAAAGGCAAAAAAACUUGGGCAUUGGUUAAAUUAUCAGAUUUACUGUUUUGCGAAUGGUUACCAUGUGGAAAAAUUGACGACAGAAAGACCGCCUUGAAGAUGUUAUCUAAUGCCAGACUAACUGAGGUGGAUACGUUCAAAAUAAUGUGUAAAUAUUGUUUGGAAGAUAGUAUAAAAGAAUUGAAACCCGGUUCGCUUCCCAAACGUUCUCUCAAAAAAAUAAGAUUCGAUAAAAAUCCUCUAAUGUACUAUUGGCUUUGUCACAUCAACGAUGAAUUGCAUAAAAUACCAAAAAAAGAAGACGAAUCGAUCGAAUCUUUCUUGAUUACUGCAGAUGACGUAGAUAACUGGCCGGCCAUCGAGUUCUUCUGGGAUCGUUUGAGCGCAGAAGAACAACUCACCAAAGCUGAAGAAUUACUCGAUCGAAGACCAGAAUUUCAAAAGGAGUUAUUUUUCAAAAUGAACGAAUUUCAAAGAGAUACAAUCUUGUCGAAGAAACCGUUGGAAAUCAUGCGUAAUUUUUUCUUCCUACCUUCAUGCGAACGAUAUGUUUUCUCAAUUUGGACCAGUUUGGUGCGAACGAUAACGUACGAAAAAUUCGCCCAAGUUUUCUUAGAUCUUUUGAACGCCAGUCUUCCAGAUCACGUUGAGAGAUUACGAUGCCUUGUCGAAAUGUGGCACAGCUCUCCUCUCAAUUUGAAAACUCUCGCAUUGGAAUCCAUAGCUGAAAAUGUUGUCUUGUCGCAUAUCAAAGAUUAUUGUCCAGAAGGGCAACAAGCACGUACUCUGUUGCCUUGUUAUCCUGAUUUCUUACUAGCAUUCCUAUCUAGCGCCAGUAUCGAGUUCAGAAAAAAUAUCUUGUUUAAGCACGGAGAUAAAUUAAUCACUCAUAAUGAUUCGCAUAUGAUUGAUCAACUAAUGGAACUCUGUCUCGCUGACGACAACGACAUCGCCGAGUUCAGAAAAUACUUAUCAGAUUCCGAGAUUGUUCAGAAGUAUUGUUGCAUGAUGCUAGUUGAAUAUUCCGAAUAUUACGACCACGAUCGAUUAUCAGGUUUCGUUAAUUAUUAUCUUCCUGAUCCGCAAAUCAAAGCUAAUUUAAUGGUUAAUCUCGUCCCACGUGCGGGAAGUUUGAUUAAUUUCUUCAAUUGUGCGAUCGGAUUCAUCAACGAUCGUUUGAAUAUUUCAUCCGAGGAAACAAUAGAACUAAAGAAACGUAUGAUUUGGUUGUAUGCAACCCAUCAUCAUCAAUUCAGAUGGGUCAGUUAUUACGCUCGCGAAUUCGUCACCGAUAUAGUUACCAAAGUCCUUGACGCUGAAGAGUUGAAGAAGUAUAAAAGUACAGCUCUAGAAACAUUUCGAUCGAGUUAUAAAUGGUGCAACUUCGACGAAGAAAGUAUUCGAGGAUUUCUUCAGUGGUGUUUUGAUCAAGAUACCGAGAAAAUAUCCAAGUUCAAAAAAUCACUCUCGAUGGAUAGCGUGUUCGAUUAUUUCUUCAGUUCCGAGCGUGAUCGUCGUUUUCCUAGUACUGAUUCUGAAGAUGAAGGCGUGGCAUGGGAUGGUGAGGCACAUUUCGAUCUUUUGCAUCGAAUAUUACUUUGGUAUUACGAAGAUCCAGUAAAAGUAAAAAAGUAUAAACAGGUUAAAGCAAUCGAAUUACAUUUGAAGCGACGAAAUCAAGUUCAUGGGUUUCUAUUAUGGUGUUUGGAAUAUGAUCAAGCGGAAAUUAAUAACUUCAUACAGUUUGCUAGUUUUCGUCGAAGGCAGUUAUACGAGUAGUUUCGAUAAUAGUACUUAUAUUACUUAUACGUAGAUUGUUUAAUAAUCGUCUUUUCUAUUACUUUAUUACUUAUUGUUUCAAUAUUUUCGUAAAACAAAUGUAUGUGUAUUUUACUUUUUUUUUAAUGUUUAAUUUAAAAUGUAGGCGAUUCUUUUGAAAUAUUAAAAGAAAUUCAAGGUGA